UACCACCAACUUCCCCCUUCAUUAAUUCACAUAUAUUCUUGACUUCCCAUCUCUGACUAAACACUCUGGCUAGCCCAUCCUUGCUCCCCUCUCUUUUUCUCUUCUUUUAUAAGUUUAACUUUGCUAGCGCUAACUCAAAAGCGUGUUCCAAACCUCAAACUCCAAUUAUAAGCCACCCCUUAGAUCUCUCUUUUCAUUCUCAAAUCUCAACACAAAAACACACCAUGAAGUCCAAUCCAAAAUCAAAACCACCACCCCACUUAUUAUACUUUCUAAUAAUCCUCUCCCUAUCGUUCUUUUUCCCGUGUGUAUCCUCCUCUAGAAAACAACAAUUCAAAGAAGCCCCUCAAUUCUACAACUCCCCAAACUGCCCCUCCAUCGAACACCACGACAUAUUAAGCUCCUCCGAGGAAGCCGUCCACGUGGCAAUGACACUCGACACGACAUACAUCCGAGGUUCCAUGGCGGCGAUCCUCUCCGUCCUCCAACACUCUUCGUGCCCCCAAAACACCUUCUUCCACUUCGUGUGCUCCUCCAACGCCAACGCCAACGCCAACGCCAACGCCAACACCAACGCGUCCCUCCUACGCGCCACAAUCUCCAACGCAUUCCCCUACCUGAAUUUCCAACUCUACCCCUUUGACGACGCCGUCGUUUCAAACCUCAUCUCCACCUCCAUCCGCGCCGCACUCGAUUGCCCCCUCAACUACGCGCGCAGCUACUUGCCAAACCUCCUCCCUCCCCGCGUGAAGCGCGUGGUGUACCUCGACUCCGACCUUGUACUCGUCGACGACAUCGCCAAGCUCGCGACAACCUCGUUGGGACAAAACAGCGUUCUGGCGGCGCCGGAAUACUGCAACGCCAACUUCACCUCGUACUUCACUCCCACUUUCUGGUCGAACCCUUCUAUGUCGCUAACGUUCGCGGAGAGAAAACGAAAAGCGUGUUACUUUAACACGGGGGUGAUGGUGAUUGAUUUGGAACGGUGGCGCGAAGGGGAUUACACGAGGAAAAUUGAGGAGUGGAUGGAGCUUCAGAAGAGGAUGAGAAUCUAUGAACUUGGUUCGUUGCCGCCGUUUUUGCUUGUGUUUGCGGGGAACAUUGUUUCGGUGGAUCAUAGGUGGAACCAACAUGGUUUAGGAGGGGACAAUUUUCGAGGUUUGUGUCGGGAUCUGCACCCUGGUCCGGUGAGUUUGUUGCAUUGGAGUGGGAAAGGGAAACCGUGGAUGAGAUUAGACGCUAAUAGACCUUGUCCUUUGGAUGCACUUUGGGCACCUUAUGAUCUAUUGAAAACCUCAUUUUCUUUGGACUCUUGAACAAAUUUUCAAAUGUGAAUUUCGGAUAUUUGUUUUUUUUUUUUUUAUCAGUAGUUACUUUUGUUAGUAAAGAAAACAAAUAUUACAAUCUUUCUCUUUUGUUUUUUUUCCUUAACCAUCAAAUUCAUCUUAUAUCUCCUUGAGAUAUUCGUGUAACAUAGUAUAUACAAAGCUUCUUCAUUUCUACGCUGCUUGGGAAGAUUGGAUUGAAGAGACAGCAACAUAACAUGGGUCCAAUUAUAAUUCACGAAUAGCUAGCUACUCAUCGGACCAAGAUGUUCAAGCGCACAUACAUUAAGAUGUGAAGGAGGUGAGUGGAGUGGGGUUCGUGAAUUUUUUUUCCAGUGACGGGGGAUUGUACGAUUAAUGUUGUAACAAAUAAUAAUAAGUUUGUAUAUAGCCAAAGAUCGAGCUGCGUAAUAAGUUUUGUAUCCGUUUAUUCAGAUUAAUUUCUUUUUUGGUCUGAUAAUGUGAACAUAGUGAGGAUUUUUAUAGGAAAUUUCA